ACACUAUUACCGCCAAUCUACUGCGUCUUAACGAAUUUCCUUAUUUGUUAGGCGCGAAAUAUUAACAUUGUUUUCGAAAUUAUAGUUGAUUUUUUUGAGUGUAGAUUAUUUUCUAACUAAUCUAUUUUUGUUCAUUAACCUUUCUGUGUCAGUAUGCCAACACAACACUGUUUUCUAUGUGCGAGCGAUGAAGGUGUCUUCUUGGAUAUUACAGCGGAUAAUAAACAAAUAUAUUGCGAUCAAUUUGAAACCUGCUCACUUGUCAAGGUACCAAGAGCAGAUCAGUUGCCAACUAAAAUUUGUCAUAAAUGUGCAUAUGAAUUAAAGCAAUGUAGUUCUUUUGUACAAAAGUAUAAACGUGGUUCAAAGCAAAGGGCAGCUUUUCGCAGACUGUGUUGUACUUUGUGUCGUGAACCAGCAAAAAACGAAUUCAUCUUUGAUAUUAGUAAAGAGAAGGAUUUGCAACGUACUUCAUUUGAUAAAAUACAACAACUUUUUAGUUAUGAACUUGGAAAAUCUUAUGAAGAACAUAAAUUAAUAUGUUUAUCUUGUCGAUAUACAAUAGAUUUGUUAUUGGAUCUAAAGAAUAUAUGUAAAGAAACUGCAACUAAAUUGAAUGAUACAGUCAAUGAGGAAAUAGAUUAUUUAACUUUUCCCAAGAUAAAAACUACUGUUAUAAAUCGUAAAACCACUAUUACUGAAUCUGCUCGUACAAAUUUAUAUACUUCGCAAGAAUCAGAAAGUGACGAAAUGACUCGUACGCGAUCUCAAAGUAACAAAGUAAGCAAUAACAAAUUAAAAGAGAAAACAAAGUUACAAGUUUGUAGUAAAUGUCAUGAUUCCAUUAAAAUUGGUCAUGAAACAUAUAAAAUUCACAAAACAAAAAGCAUUGUGUGCAAAACUUGUUGGAAAAAUAUGGAUAUGCAUUCAAAUGAAGUUAAGAAACAAAUACCACAAAAUCUCACAGAAAUCAAACUUUGUACAGUUUCCUUAAAAGAUGUAUUAAAGGAUACUGAAAUAAAAGAGAAGAAGCUUUAUAGGAUUGAUGAAGAUGACAAAGGUAAUAAAGCAUAUGUUAUAACAGACAAAGAUUUGGCAAAUGGAAAUAAAGAAAUGGAAACUAGUAAAGUAGUUACAGGAGAUAAUACAGAAAAGCAUGGUCAGAAACGUUCUGUUAAAAGUAUAAAAUCUACAAAUGAUGAAGAUGUACCUAACAAGAAGCAUAAAAUUGAUGUAAAAGAAGCUAGUGUUAACAAUGUAAAGGAAUCAAAACUUGUUACAAAACAGUUAAGGAAUCUUAGACAAAAUAACGGUACUCGUAAUAUUAGUCAAAGUUCCGACUCAGACUCUCCUGUACCAAAAAUUGGUAAAAGAAGUGAAAGAAUCUUAACAAGACAUAAACGGGCAACUGGAUCAUCCUUGUCUGAUGCAGAUAUUGACAGUAAACAUAAUCGUAAAAAAUUAAAAACUAUUUUAAGAGGCAUUGCUAUAGAUAAAAACGCAGAUGUAAGUGACGAAUCGUCAAAUGAAGAUGUUAUGUCAAAGAAAAACCAAUUGAAGUCAACAAACUCUUCAUCACUUAUAUCAGUAGAUGUAAUUGCAAAGGAUAAAACUGAGAAAAGUUCUGAGAAAAGUUUUGAGAAAAGUUCUGAGAAAAGUUCUGAGAAAAGUUCUGAGAAAAGUUUUGAGAAAAGUCCAUUAUUGCGAAGAAAAAGGAGUACUUAUCAGAAAUUUACAAAAUCAUCUACUGUUAACAUUCCUGAAGAAUUACAAUCAGAAUCUGACAGUAAAGAAGAUAUAUUCAAAACUCGUACAUAUGUAUGUGACGAAUGUGGAGCCAGUUAUGAAAAUAAACUUAUGGGUUUAACACACAAAUUGAUGCAUUACAAACAACCGAAACUAAAAUUACAAAAAUUAAGUGACAGUUUAAUAAAAGAAGAACUAGGUUCAAAUGAAGCAGUUGAUGAUCAAUCGGAAGAUUUGUCCGAAACUAUAGGAAUUACAGUAGAAGAUGAUGAAGAAGAAUUGAUGGAAGAUGAAAAGAAUUUAAAUACAAAUAAUGAAAUAGAUGUUAAUUCAGAUUCGGAAAGUAGAAUUAAUUUCUCUAAAAAGGAUGCAGUAGAAGAUGCAGUUGAUGUAGAACUUGUUAUGAAAGAAUCUGAUGAUGAUCAGAUACAUAAAACAGUGAAAGAGACAAAAGAUUUACAAGAAACUGAAGUUGCUGAUAAGUCAGUGCAAAAUGAAAAUGAAACUAAAGAACAAAAGGAUAAACAAAAAGAAUGUGAAGACAAUUAUAAUGACAAUGAUAAGACUGAUAAAAGUAUUUGUGAAUCUGUAGAAGAUGAAAAUGUGAAUACAGAAAAAACACAGGAAAUCUUAUACAGUGAUACUGAAGAUGUACAAGAAAAUAGUAAAGGAGAAGAUAAAGAAAUGAAAGAUGAAGAAAAAAACAAUGAAAGUAACAUAGCAAAAGAGCAAAAUGAUGAUGCUACUGAAGAAAGACAAAAGAAAGAUGUUAUUGAAGAAGAAGAAAAAGAAAAUAUCAAUGAAGAAGUAAAAGAUAUUACUAAUGAAAAGGGAGAGGAAGAAACAGGAAAAGAAGAUGUCACUGAGGAGGAAAAAGAAAAAGAAAAAGAACACGUUAUUGAGCAAAGAGAAGAGGUAGAAGAUGUAAGAAUCGAUGCUAAAGAUAGCGAAGAAGAAGAAGAAGAAGUAACGUGUGUUGACCAAGAAAUUGAAGCAGUUGAUAGCGGAAGUUCAAAUAAAUCUAAAUUGGAUGAUGAUAUUAUAGAAGAAAAUAAAACUAACACUUCUAAAAAAAUUGAACAAGCUAAUAAUAAAAAUAAAGAAACGAAGAAAAAAAUAGGCGAAAAAUCCGAUAAUAUGAAUGAUAUACAAGAACUUAAUAAAAAGUCUCCGAAAUGUAUGCAAAAAACUAAAGUCUUUGACGACAAUGAAAUACAAACAAAAACAAGUGAUAUUGAUUCGAAAGAAUCGAAAGUUUUGGAGGAGACUGUGUUACAGGAAGAAAAUAGCACAAAUGAUAAGAUCGGUACUGAUAUAAGUAGUGUAGAACUUUCGGAAUUAGAUAUUUCAAAAGACAAAGAGUCAGCUAGUGAUUCUGCAAAUGCAGCUGCGGAAGUGUUGCAAGAAAUACUGGACUUAGCAAGCGCAAAAGUUCAAAAACAGCAAGAGAUUAUCGAUAUAAACAUCGAAAAUGAUUCCAUCGAAUCAGAGACUUUGGAAAACAUAUCACGUGAAAUCCAAAACAGUGUUGAUAUGCCACCUCUUAAAAUGGACGAUGCCAAAAGUGAGAACGGUAUCCACGUGGAGUAA